GCUUGGGUUGGGUCGAUUAUAUUGAGUGAGAAAGGAUAAUAGGCCUAGAAGAAAAGUAGACCUGAGAGGCAUGGCGAACACAAAUAUUGUCAGCAUCCUCACUCUGUGGUGUAUUGUGUGCUUUAGCCAUGUUUAUGCUUUGUACCCAGAUCAAGCUGGGUUGUUUGAUUGGAAGCAAGAUUACAUAGGGAAAGUCAAAGAGCUGCACUGGGAUCAGUCCCAAUCCUCUGGGAAAAAGGUUCUGGUGGCCUCUGAGAAGAACGUCAUUGCCUACGUCAGUGCAAAUGAUGGUGCUAUCGUAUGGAGGAGGAUAUUUGAGUCUUCCAUAAGAGGGAGGAUUGAUGCUUUUCUUCAUCAAGGAGAUGCUUUGAUAAGCAUCCAUGCGGGGGGGCAGUUUGUGAGAAAGUGGCAGGUUGCUUCGGGCAGCUUGCUGUGGGAGAAGAGUCUGACGCAGGACUCCACAAGUCGUUCUAGGAAGCAAGAUUACAUAGGGAAAGUCAAAGAGCUGCACUGGGAUCAGUCCCAAUCCUCUGGGAAAAAGGUUCUGGUGGCCUCUGAGAAGAACGUCAUUGCCUACGUCAGUGCAAAUGAUGGUGCUAUCGUAUGGAGGAGGAUAUUUGAGUCUUCCAUAAGAGGGAGGAUUGAUGCUUUUCUUCAUCAAGGAGAUGCUUUGAUAAGCAUCCAUGCGGGGGGGCAGUUUGUGAGAAAGUGGCAGGUUGCUUCGGGCAGCUUGCUGUGGGAGAAGAGUCUGACGCAGGACUCCACAAGUCGGGCGGCCGGAUUCUUUAUCACGAAGAAUGACAAAGUGGAUCAAGUUGUGGUCACCACGUCCAGCACGAUGCACUGUUUGAGAAUCUCUGAUGGGAUGGAAGACUGGAAGGCAGAGCUGCCCAACAGCAGUGACACGAUCGAGCGCUGGUACAUCCAGGACAGCGGCAGCAGCUACGUGGCUGUGGGCAUCUCCCCGGCCCAGCGGGUCACAGCGGUCACUGUCAGUAAGGAGGGAUUGGUCAAGCAGCAGAACAACAUCCCGGCUCCGUGGAUUGCCAUUGAUACCAGCUGUGUAAUAAUGGAAGACAGCAAACACUUUGUGUGCUACGCGCCUCAGACGAGCUCGCUCCAGCUGUUGUCACUGGACAACGGCAAAGUUUUCCUGCCCACCAACUUGAACGAACUCGAUGUGGAGACGUCCGCUGUGUCCGGCAUCGAGGCGGUGGUGCCAGAGCUGGGCUCAACCAUUCUGUUCCGCUCCAAGGCCGACUCUCUGGUCCUGAUGUCCCGCACGUCCCCGCAAGCGUUCAGCGUCUACAAGGCCAUGGAUAAGACGUAUGCUGCUCAAGUAAUGGUCCAUGCCGAGAAGCCGAUUGUUCUCAGCUUGGCCCGAGCUGAUGCCGAGACUCUGCUGCUGAGCGGCACAGACCUGCAGGCAGAGACUGACAUCCCGGAGUUGUCCCAGCGCAUUCCGUUUGCUCACUAUCACGGAAGUCCUCUCAAAAUGUUUCCAUUCCUGUUCUCCAAGAAGAAAGACAGCAGCAACCGGCCCGGCUGCAAGCUCAUCUUUGCCGCAGAGGACUAUUCUCUGCAUUUUGCUCAGAAAAACAAGGCAGCGUGGAGGAGGGAGGAGGCUAUGGCCUACAUCCUGGGGGUACACAUGGUCGACCUGCCCGUCUCGGAGAACCAGGCCAAGUUUGAGGACGAAUUUGGAGCGAAAGAAGAAAAUCUCCCAGCGAUGUUCCUGAAGAGGUUCCAGGCCCAGUUCUCCCAACUGAAGAUGUUUGCCAAGAACUUGAUGAGCCGCAUCCAAGGUCACACGCACCACCACUCGGUGGCCAUGGAAGCGAUAGAGGAGGAGGAGCCGGAGGAGGAGGAUCUGAUCCGAGACGACUUUAACCUGCACAAGAUCAUUGUGGUGGCCACAGCUGCUGGGAAGAUCUACGGUAUCCGGAGCCACACUGGCAAGAUUGCCUGGCAACAGUUUGUGCCGACCCUGACCCCGUUCCAGCGGCGUGGCGAGCAGAAGCUGAUGGUGGUGGUGCAGAGAACCACGGCCCACUUCCCCCAUGAGCCUCAGUGCACCGUGCUGGGUGUGAGCCAGAAAACGGGCAAUGGACUGUUGGUGUCCUUGAACCCCGUCACUGGAGCUUUGCUCUCGGGCCAUACGUCAGAGGGAUUUGACCUUGGCUACAAGGUGGUCCAAGCAGACAUGUUGGCAGAGAUGGAUUCCGAUUUCCUGAAGGGCAUCAUUCUGAUUGAUGAAAAUAUCCAGCCUCACGUAUACCCCAAGUCCAGUAUGUCACUGCUGACAGAGGCGAGCAUGCAAAUGUACUUCCAUCUGCUCGACCCCGAGGCUGGGACCAUGACCGGUUACAGACUGCUGCCUGGUGGGACUAAAGGUGUGGCUAUCGAGCAAGUCUGGAACCUUGACCUUCAGAAGUCCCAGCAGACGGUGACUGGAGUCUACAAGAAGAGAGCCAUCGAACACGUGCACUCCCAGGGCCGAGUGUUGGGCGAUCGCAGCGUGUUGUACAAAUACCUCAACCCCAACAUCGUGGCCAUAGUCGCGGAGGGCGAGGAGCCGCCCGUCACUCAGGGCAAAAAUCCAUCCGCCUUCUUCGCCUUGUACCUCGUUGACAGUGUGACGGGUCACAUGGUGUACCACCAGACACACAAGCGGUCUCGUGGCCCGGUGCAGCUGAUCCACUCAGAGAACUGGGUCGUGUACUCGUACUUCAACGAGCGGUACCGCCGAAACGAGAUCGCGGUGCUGGAGAUGUACGAGGGCAAAGAGCAGAGCAACUCCACAGCCUUCUCCUCCUUCUCCCCCCCGUCCCCUCCCCUGGUGCUCAGACAGUCCUACAUCUUCCCCGAGCCAAUCUACGCCAUGGAGUCCACGGUCACCGAAAAGGGCAUCACCAGUAAAAACAUCAUCGUUGCCCUCAAAAUUGGAGGAAUUUUGUCUCUGCCAAAGGCUCUUCUUGACCCUAGAAGGCCCGUCAUUCCCACACAAGAGACAAUGGAGGAAGGAACGAUCCCGUACGUGCCAGAGAUCGGUCUGAGCACGGAAGCUUUGGUCAACUACAACCGUAGCGUGUUCAACGUGGAUGGAGUGUUCACCUCACCCGCCGGCCUCGAGUCUACCUCUCUGGUGUUUGUCUACGGAAUAGACGUGUUCUACACGCGUGUUAUGCCGUCCCGUAUGUUUGACGUGCUAAAGGAAGACUUCGACUACGUGUUCAUCGGUGGCGUGCUGGCUCUGAUGAUCUUCGUGUCGUUCCUUACACAGAAGCUGGCCUCGCGGAAAGCCCUCAGCCGUGCCUGGAAGUAGUGCGGUGGGGAGAUGCUGGGCUCGGGGGUGCCUCCCCCCCUGCCCUCUCUCAGUGUGUGCCAUGUUGUCGCCCCCAACCCCCCCACCCCCUGGGGGUGUACUACUACUGGUGUUGUCCUCAGCUGGCGCGCAUGUGUGAGUGUGCAUAUGUGUGAGUGCGUAUGUGUGUGUGUGUCUUCUCAACUGCAAUGUGUGUGUGUAUGCAUGUGUGUGUCUGCGUAUGUGUCUUCUUCCUCUGGAAAACAUGUAACUGUCCCAGUGAGAAGCUGGAGUCCAUUUCAGGAAAGGUAGAGAAUAAAUGGCAUACAUUCAUGUGAACAUGUUUUAUUCUGUUUUUAUUCCAAAGCCCUUUGAUGGUAUUUUUUUUUUAAGAGCAAGAGUAUAUCCUGUAGCGUAGCUUGACUUGUUGGACAAAAUGUAAUGUGUUUGUGUCGGUGCUGGCGUGAGCUGAAGCAUCUGUAUCGAGUGAUGGUGCCAGAUUGUUGUCUUUCGUAGCUGCCGACAAGUAAGCAUUAAAAAAAUGUGUUAAAUACAUUUUUAAAGGGUUUGAAUUUGGAAGUCCGUUUUUGUAUCGGAAUAUAUAUAUAUACGCAUUCUCUAUUAUUCUCGUAUUGCUCCCCGUUGAUUUGCUGAUGCUGAAGAAAAAUUAGGACUUUUCUUUCUAAGACCAGAUUUGUGAACAGUAAUGAGAAUGAUGAAGUCCAAAAGUCAAUUGCAGAGGUGUUUUGCUGCAGGUCUAUUUUGAAUAGCGUGAAUUUAUUGAGUGGAGAAAAGUGUGUGUGGAAGGUUUGGACAGAGGUUACUUGGCCACUGCCCACCAUCAUGUACCACUGCAUGGGUAGGAUCUGUUUUUCUGGAGUUUUGAAAAGUUGGCAGCUGUGGGUUUUUUCUCUGAACUUUCACUGCAGAGGAGGCAUCAGUGUUGUAGUUUGGAGGUACGGUAAGACUUGGACUGUCAGGGCUUUGUGAAAGUUUACUUGUAGUGUGCAUGUAUGAUUUAGUCAUAAGAGCGCCAGUAAAUGCGUUAUCAUUCUGUACCCAUGCAUUGAACAAGUUUAUCUGUUACGAGCAGGGCGUUAUCUUGUAUGGCACAUGAAGAAGUCUUAAGGCAAAGUCGCAAGAUCGAAAUCAUUGGGAUAUCAAUUUUAAGAGCUUUUAAACUGUUUUAUCGUUCGUUAAUUGUUUUUGUUUGAUUUUCCAUUCAACUAGCAAUAAUAAUGAAUUGAGAGUCAAUCAGAAAUUAAAUUAUGAGUUUACAAGCUUUUCAAUAUGAUGCUCUCACGAUAUGUACUCUGUGACUCUGCCUAUUAUUUUGGCCGGCUGCUCACAUGAUUUUCCUUUCGUUGGAAUAAAUUUUGGCGGAGUGAUAAAUAUGGGCAACAACUCCUUAUAAUGGGACUAUUUUCAAAUUGUGAGUUAUGUACCUUCAUUGACAUUGCCUGGGGAGAUUUUUUAAUCUGUAUCAACAGUUUUUUCCCCCCCACAGACAGUGUUGAAUUUUCAAAAUUGUCUGAGAUGGCCACCCAUUGUCCAGGAAAAUCAGAAUCGUGGUUGUCUUAGACAGGUGGAUGUCUUGGACAGUGUCGUUAUUAUCUUUUUUUUUUUACGCAAGAUGUUACAAGAUCUGCUUAUGUUGUGGUACAUUCUGAGGUUGCUUUUUCCGGUGGAGUGGGGUUUUUGGUUUUAAUUGUCUCUCUUUGUGCAAGUUUAUUGGUAUUUUGCAUUUGAAAUAUUUUGUUUUACCAAGGGUAUGGGCACUAGUUCCACUUUUCAUUGGGGGUUUUUUAAGCACUUGUUACGUCGAAGACUGUAGCAUUUUUUUUAAAUCACUUUUUUUUCUCUUGCCAUUGGUUUAGGCUUUUCUUUCUUUUUCAUACAAAAGUGGAAGCCUUCGUCUCACCUGCAAUUUUUGUUGUUGGGUUUUUCUUGUUUUUUUACUGUUGUGCUCAGAAAUUUUUAUCCACAAAUACUAUUAUUAUAAGUAAGUGUUAGAAAGAUGUAUUGGUGAUGAAUGCGAUGAAGUUGCACCCAGCAAUAUUUGUCCGUGCACUUUGCUUCACUGCAUAUGGUUUGACAGCUGUUUAGAUGUAUGAAGCCCAUAAUUUUUAAUUUUCGUGCUUGCAGUUUGGUUGUGCUUAAGAAAUAUUGUGGUAAAAUUAAAAUUAUUACUCUGAAAAAAAAAGAAGAAAGAAGAAAUGCACAAAGUUGGUACAAUUGUUAAAAGAAUAAAUGAAACAGUUCUUUCUCUCCCGUGGAAAAUUUUGCUCUCUGAGCUUAGUGCAUUUGAACAGCUUGCUGGCAGUUUGUUUGAUAUAUAUAUAUAUAUAUAUAUAUAUAUAUAUAUUGCCAGGAGUCAUUCAGUAAUAUUGUGGACCUUGUGCAAGUGAAUAUAUGCUGUGCUGAUAAGGCGUGUCGAGAGUUUGAAUUUUAUUGGAGCACAUGGGAAAGUUAGAAAGUUGAGUCUGUGCAGGAUACUGAUGUGGUGCCUGGUUAGGGCAGAGAAUGUUUCCGUCAUUUUGGGGGGGGGUUUUUUGCUUUCUAACUGUGGUAUUGUUAUUGGUAUUGUUGUAUAUGAUCUGCAAGCUAUUCAAAUGUACUAGCUGAGCCCAGAGGGCAAAACUUCUCAGGAGAGAGGGAAAAAAACUGUUUCGUCCUCUUCACAAUUUUGCCUGCAUUAUGUAUCUAUUCUUGUUUUUGGUUUUUGAUUUUCAACUUUUAGAAUGUGAGUUUUGACAAUAAAAUGUUUCUUGAGCACAUGCUACCAACACUACUGACUACAGAUUAGAAAACGGCGAUUAAAAAAAUUAAUUAAUUUUAGGCGUAGUACACCUGAACAGUUGGCCAGCAAUACAAUGUAUGUAAUUUGAUGUGGAUUGGAGGAGCGUGUGAUUACUUGAUUUCAUCGGCAGUUUUCCAGAAAGUUGUGACUGCUCAAGGAAUGUCUGGAAUCAUGGAUUACUUUUCUUGACUUGCAAUUUUUGUCAUCACAGAUGUUGUUUUGUGUGUUUGUAUUCUUCUGUCGAUCUCACCGUUGUUAGUGCACAGUGUGUUUGAUCAAAGAUAGAUCGAAGCUUGAAAUGUGUUUCUUUUUACACUAGGAAGAAAACUUUCGGUGCAUCGACGUGGACUGAAUAUAUGAAGGCGUAUCUCUCUCAAUGACCUGAGUGAAUGUAGUCACACACCUGCCGACCACUCCAUUACCAAAAAUAGUUUUUCUCAGAAUUGGAAUUUGCCAGAAAAAAAUGAGUCUCCAGAAGCCCAGUAGAUUAGAAUUAUGUUACAAACUGUCAAAUAAACAAAAAUAAGAAUGUGUGUUUUUACAUCAACUUAUGCAAAACAAUUCAUGCAAAUAUUGCAAAUAAACCUGUGUAUUUUCAAUUCAUUUACGAUAAGAAGUGGCAUUGCCACCAGUGGAAGCAAAAUUUCCAGGAAACAAAAUCUGAUUUUAUUCAAAUCCUUUUGGGUUUUUUUUUAUGGAAGAAAAAAAAUCAUCUGGCUCUGAUUUCAUGGGAGUACGUAGCAGGUGUGCUGAUGUUGCUGACACACUGGUGUAUCUCUUUGUUGUCGUUGACACUCAUUCCCUUGUUGUAGAUUAGAUACUCUGUUUGCUACUCUGAAAGUUUGCCUACAACAAAAUGUGAAAUUUGUUCAAUGAAAUGAUUGUUGACCACGGGUCUUUGGUAGUAUUAAAUGUGAUGUUUAUGAUUUACUCAGACAUUUCUAGUAGGCAUGUACAUUUUCCUUUUUGUACAUCUUUUUAAUGUGAGAGAGAGAGAGAGAGAGAGAGAGGAUAUUUAAACAGAAUGGCUGUAGUUGUGUUGUGAAGUCGUCUCAUGUUGUCGUGUUGUGAAGUCGUAGUUCCUGAUAUUCAAGUCCGUGUAGAUGGUGUGUGUGGUUUAGACGGGAUGGGUGGGUGGUGAUGUGUCAGUUUCCUCUCCCGCUGGUGAUGAUCAGGUUAGAGCAGACACGGACAAGCGUUGCCAACUCACGGGCUUGAUUAAGAAGCUGUUCAGAAUACUUUGCGAGCCAAAGCAGUAGAGCAAAGUGGGAAAUCGGUGGACAAGCUCUCCAAAAGGAGACUGAAACUGACACUAUAGCAUAUAUAUAUAUAUAUAUGUGUGUGUCAUUCAAGAGCAUGUCUUAAAAUAAAAUAUUAGAUCUAUUGCUUCCAGCUGGGCCAAAAACUGUUGAUUUUAAUUUUCAAGAUGGACAAUUUUGUUUUUAUUAAUUACCAACUAGCCCCAGGCCACAUUUAUCAUUAAUUACUGGGUGGACUCACGGGCCAUACUGAAAGUACUCAUGGGCCAGAUUUGGCCCUCGGGUCGUAGUUUUCCCUUGCCUGGUCUAAAGUGUGAUGUGAGGGAGCUUGAUCCGUCUUCUCUACCCCGUCCGUUUUCUUCUUAAUAUUCUAUUUCUUCAUUACUUUGUGAGAUGCUCUUCGUUGAGUUCCUGUGAGUUCCAAAGAUCUGUGGGUAUCUGUUGUUCAGAAUAUCGUCAACAUAAAUGAAUGCCUUGAGUUUUGUAAGCCUCCUUUGUAAAUGUAAGGGCAUUAUGAUUGUCACAAAAUUCAGCAGUCUAGUGGUAGAUUCCUGUGGUGUUUCUGUCUGUCUUGUGUGGACCUAUGAGCUCUGCAUUGAGGAAUCACUGGAAAUGUCACUCGACUCACUGGCAAGUUUGUAAUUUGUUCAGAAUGUAAUCAUGUGAACUAGGACUGAGUGGGAUUUGAUCGUGGAAUCAAAAAUGUGUUGUUAGUGUUGAUCCAAAAAGAAAUGUGUAUCAGUGUUCUGUUUGCCAGUGGAGUGUCUGGUGUUCGUCUCACUUCUUGAAAAUAUCAGACGUGCCAAUUGCCCCAAAUUUUCCGGGACUCCCAGAUUCAGCAGUCAGAAAUUUGAGAGUCUUGUCAUCACAUGCACUAUGGCAGAAGCAGUCUCAGUUUAUUAAACAAUUUUUGUUUUAAGUAGUAUGAAGUCAUAUUAUAUCACGUUGAGUUUUGAAAGAGUUGGCAAUCCUGAAAUGUAAACAUCAACACAGUAGUGUGGGAAUGCAGGGACGCAGGUGUCCCCAUAAAUUGUGAACACGAUGCUGUUCAUUUGAACUCACUUGUCUGCCUUGUACAUAGGGGGAAAGUAAUCAGGGAAUUUGAAGGUACUGAGUGCUGUAGAACAAAGUGUUCUACUUACUUUCUCUGUGUGCGUGAUGGUGCGAUGGUGGGAAAUUUUCUAUUACAUUUGUUGUGUUGCCAGCCUUGAGAUUGCUUUUGUGAGAGGCCGAGCAGUGAAUGAACUGACUGGAAGUUGUUUGGGGAAAAGUAAAGUGUAACCUCCCCUCCACGUUUUCGUGCCUCUCGACAAUCACCACCCACAAUUCCCUCCUGCGUGUAUCGGACAAAACUGCCACCCCACAAGGACGCCUGGGUGGAUGUUGCACAUUAGGUCAUGCAGUUCGACAUUGGGGGAGGGGGUUGUGGCUGUAUUUUCUUUUCCUUCUGCUUGCUGUGUGCUUGUGCAAUGCUGUAUAUUUAUUCCCGAUAAUUCCAUGAACAGUUUGUGGAGGCACACAGCAAGAAGUGACUCAUCGUCUCUUUUUCAGAGAAGGAAAUGGUUGUGAAAGUGUUGAAAAGUGAGUGAGUUGUGGUUGGUUGGCGGGUGCUAUAGUGUGGUUUGCUCCUUCAAAUGUCUAUCAUCCUUAUCUCUCCUCCUACUUUUCUUCAUAUGUUACUCUCCAGUUACACCUCAAACCUUUGGCACUUGAAUGACCUAUUUGUGUUACAAGUACCAAAAAAACCAACUAAACAUGUCAGACUCAACCCCCCACCCCCGAAAAAAAAACCUCACACUCACACACGCACCUUCCCGAUCCAACAAUAUUUCCUAAAAGUAAAAGUUCCCAAGAUUGUUUUCUGCGUGUAUUCAGAAGUUUUUUGUUUUGUUUUUUCAUUUCUUUUUAAUGUUUCUGUGCAUGAAAGUUGAAAGAUUUUGCCUUCUUUAUCUGUAUCAUCAUAAUCCUCUCAACUACAUUUAAAAGAGAAAAAAAAGAAUGCUCUUCGAAUGAUUCCUUUAAUGUAUUUGGAUGGUUAGUUUGUCAUUGAGUGUCUCCUGCUUUGUGUCUAGGUGGAUGACGUGUUUUUGCAUUUCAGACUUGCAUCUUGUCAUUUCUUUUUAUUGUGAAAUUAAAGGUUUCAAUUUGAUAUUUAUAGCA